AUGACGGACUACAGUACAGAAUCAGACGAAAUGAUACUAAGCUUCUACUCAAAUUGGAUGCCAUACAAGAAUCAGCAUACGACAGUCAUCAAUACUGAUAAGAUUGCUAAAAAAUUAGAAGCAGCUUAUGGUAUUAAAUCAGGCUCGAUCCGCAUCCGAACUAUUGUGAUCAAUAAUGCAAAAGCCACUACAGCAAAGGCCACUACAGCAAAAGCCACUACAGCAAAAGCCACUACAACAAAAGCCACUACAGCAAAAGCCACUACAACAAAAGCCACUACAACAAAAGCCACUACAGCAAAAGCCACUACAACAAAAGCCACUACAGCAAAGGCCAUUACAACAAGAGUCACUGCAGCAAAAGCCACUACAGCAAAGGCCACUACAGCAAAAGCCACUACAGUAAAAGCCACUACAGCAAAAGUCAUUGCAACAGCAAGCGCUACAACAGCAGGCACUACAACACAAGGUAAACAGCUUUAUGUUCCAUAA